AUGUCCACGCUUACUAAUGUAAUUCUCACAACAUACUUCCGUAUUACGUAACUGUAGUUCUUAUUUAUAGCUUUACAUGUAACUUUGCUAUUUUCACAUUUAUGAUAUCAAAGUCGUAAAUUUAAAAUGUCAAAGUUGUUUAUUACUGGUAAGGUAUGGCUAGUUUAAAGGGAUGCUAGAACCUUAAUAAGGCUAAACUUAAGCCUUCCACUUAAAUUAAGUUUAAGGCAACGGUUACGACUCGGGGCUAGGGCUAAUGCUAAAUCUCCAUCAAGACAAGGAAAGGCCAGGGCAAGGCCAGGGCAAAUCCAGGACAAGGCCAAGGCCAGGACAGGGCUAGUUCAAGGCCAAGACAAGGCCAGGGCAAGACCAGCGCAAGGCCAAGGCAAGGCCAGGGCAAAGCCAGGGCAAGACCAGUGCAAGGCCAACACAAGGCAAGAGCAAAGCCAAGGCAAGGCCAAAACAAAGCUCGGCUAA